GUGUCUACUAACAAAGCUGUUUCCCUGGCAGCAGGUAGUGUGCAAGAGUUUACUGGCUAUGCCACAUAACAAUCGCAACCCUGUUGUCAAUUUGACGUAAAAGAGGAGAUUAGCCGCAUCUGUAACCACCCCCUGGAUAGGCCUGGUGGCCAUGGCGAAAGAUCCGUUGGCAGAAGCUGGCCUUCAUUUCGAUGAACUUAAUAAGCUGAGGGUCCUUGAGCCGGAGGUGGCCCAGGAGACCACUGAGCUUAAAGAGGAGUGCAAAGAGUUUGUCGACAAAAUCGGCCAGUUUCAGAAGAUAGUGGGAGGCCUUAUUGAACUGGUAGAUGAAUUGGCAAAAGAGGCAGAAACAGAAAAAAUGAAAGCCAUUGGAGCCAGGAACCUGUUAAAAUCAGUGGCAAAGCAGAGGGAAGCUCAGCAACAGCAACUGCAGGCCCUGAUAGCAGAGAAGAAGAUGCAACUUGAGAGGUACCGAAUUGAGUAUGAAGCGCUUUCCAAAGUUGAAGCGGAACAGACAGAGUUCAUCGACCAGUUUAUUCUGCAGAAAUGACGAUUUUAAGGAAGGCCUAGAACUUGUGUAUGGUUGCAUUUCUGACCGUGUUUCCAGGGUGCCUGUCCAAUGUUUUCUUUGAGUUUAAUCUGCUAAAGGGGAAUGGCUCAAAUUAAGAUAAUGACAUAUGUCCUCAAAGCAAUUACAAUGGCUCCACUAAAACCACAAAAGUUUAGCCAGACACGUAAUAGCAUAGAUGAUAAUAAAUUAUAUCCUAAAGCUAAUUCCAUUUCACAGAGUGACAACCUACCACCUCAUUUUGGUGAUGACAAGUAAAUGGGGAAAAAUAUUUGUAUACAAAGCAAUUUAUUUAUACUAUUUAUACUGAAUAAUUAGUCUGUAUAGCUAGUUUUAUUACAUUUUCUACCAAUGGAAAAAGUACAGUAUUUGCAUGAUACUGUUAAUAAUUUCAAGAUUUCAUUAAAUGUCAAAUAUUGUCAUAACGUGCUUGUCCUUUUACAUUUGCAGAUGUGUGUUCAAUUAAUGUUUUAUUCAAUUUUGUUAAAAUGUCUGUGGGACCACAUCAAAACUUAUCCCUUUUCAAGUGGCUUAAAUGUCAAUAAUUAACCAAACCAUAAACAUGUAUUUUUAUUUAUCAUCUUUGUUCUGUUGACAGUACAUUUGUUCAGCUAUCAUACCACCAAAUGCUUUAAUUAUAACGUAAUUCUUUCUCAUGUUUAGAUGGCAACAAGGUUAGAAGACAAACUUUGUCAAAGAUGAAGUAUACUUGAAUAAAAAGGAUUUGCACACA